UCUGGCGUUAGGUCAAACGAGCGAGCGGACCGUGUUCUUCUUUCCAGGUGCAAUUGAAAUAAAACAAAUAUUAUAGUUGUUCUGUAUUUUGUCUAUAGUCUCAAUAUCAGAAGUGUAUCCACUAAUAGAUCGCCAUUCAUUGCAAUGCUAUUAGAGUCAUUAUUACAACAACACGUCUUCCAGAAACAUCUUCAUGUGGUAGUUGGCUAAGCGGCUAGCCUUUUUUUAGCCUAUCUAGCCUCGAAACGACAUUUCAGUGUUUGUGCAUGCCGUAACGCCUGUUUCCUGCAAGUAGUCUUGCAGCUGUCGCUUGCACAGGCUAUAGUUACAUAUUUUAUCUAACUGCAUUAAACUUUAUCGUCUGCUGAAAGUGUGCGCUGCUGCCUAAACAUCACCGGUUCACCACUCCCCCAUCUGAGGUUAGCUAGCAUCGUGGAGUACCACGAACAUGUCGGAUUUUGAUGAAUUUGAGAGGCAGCUGACAGAAAACAAACAAGAUAGAGACAAGGAGAAUAAACACCAUGGGCGCAGCCGGUCCCGUAGCAAAAGCCGGGAGAGAAAACGAAGAAGCAGAGACCGAGACAGAGACAGGAGGGGAAGCCGAGACAGACACGGAGACAGCAAAGAUCGCAGACACAGGCGCAGCCGAUCUCCACAUCGUGAACCAAAAAAGAAGAAAAUCAAGAAGUACUGGGACGUCCCACCACCUGGCUUUGAACACAUCACCCCCAUGCAAUACAAAGCCAUGCAGGCUGCUGGCCAGAUUCCAGCCACAGCCCUGCUGCCCACCAUGACCCCCGAUGGCCUGGCAGUCACCCCCACCCCUGUGCCCGUCGUGGGCAGCCAGAUGACCCGACAGGCUCGACGACUCUAUGUCGGCAACAUACCAUUUGGCAUCACUGAGGAGUCCAUGAUGGACUUCUUCAACGCUCAGAUGAGACUAGGAGGAUUGACUCAGGCACCAGGGAACCCCGUACUCGCCGUACAGAUCAACCAGGACAAGAACUUUGCCUUUCUGGAGUUUCGUUCGGUGGAUGAGACCACCCAGGCCAUGGCCUUUGACGGCAUCAUCUUCCAGGGCCAGAGCCUGAAGAUACGGCGGCCGCACGACUACCAGCCCCUUCCGGGCAUGAGUGAAAACCCUAGCGUUUAUGUACCUGGCGUGGUGUCUACUGUUGUGCCCGACUCGGCUCAUAAGCUCUUCAUCGGCGGCCUUCCUAAUUAUCUCAAUGAUGAUCAGGUGAAAGAGUUGUUGACUUCGUUUGGACCAUUGAAGGCCUUUAACCUGGUAAAGGACAGUGCUACUGGUCUCUCGAAAGGCUACGCCUUCUGUGAAUAUGUGGAUGUCAAUGUCAGCGACCAGGUAGGUGACCAGGCUAUAGCGGGCCUCAACGGCAUGCAGUUGGGAGAGAAGAAGCUCCUGGUGCAGAGAGCAAGUGUGGGCUCCAAGAAUGCUGCCUUAGUGGGUACAAGUAUGAACCAGACACCAGUGACGCUGCAGGUGCCUGGCCUGAUGAACAGCUCUAUGAACCAGAUGGGCGGCAUUCCCACGGAGGUGCUGUGCCUGAUGAACAUGGUGGUGCCUGAGGAGCUGGUGGAUGACGAGGAGUAUGAGGAGAUCGUGGAGGACGUGAAGGAGGAGUGCGGCAAGUACGGCCAGGUCAAGAGCAUCGAGAUCCCACGGCCCGUCGACGGACUGGAGGUGCCCGGCACCGGAAAGAUUUUUGUGGAAUUCACAUCUGUGUACGACUCGCAGAAGGCCAUGCAGGGGCUCACGGGACGGAAGUUUGCCAACCGGGUGGUAGUGACCAAAUACUGCGACCCCGACGCGUACCAUCGCCGUGACUUCUGGUGAUGGGUGUCCACUUGCCUCUGUGUAUGUAUGUGGGAGGGAUUGUCAAGGAAAAGGGGUCCGAACUUUUUUUUUUAUCAGGAGAAGCUGAAAGCUGAAGGGGGAGGUAGCAGUCUUGUCUGAUAGAAAACGUGGGAAGGACUUGUGUGCUAUGUAUGUGAUCAUUUCAUCAUUAUGUAAGUGAGCGAGAAUGUGUAAUAUGAAUUACUGUGUUUUGUUUUGCGUAUGCGUUCUGGAUGUUGAUAAACUAUUGAAAUGAGGUCAAAUGGGUACCGUGGGACCUUUUAUAUGAAUUAAAUCAAGAUUUCAUCACAAUUCUUCCUUUUUAGUCGUUUUUUUCUCUGUUCUUUUUUUAUUUUUUAUUUUUUUAAAUGCUUCCAUCUUUUAACCCAAGUCAUUCUCUGUCAUCCACGUGAAUCUUUCUUAGUUUCCAAGAGCGGUAAGAAGGCUUCACCUAACCAAAUUUUGUAAACAACAAAAAACAGUUGAACUUUAAAUCAUCCUAUUUUAUACAUACUAUAUAUCUAAAUGUUGACUGCUGUUUUUUAAACUGUCACAAGCUGUAUGUAUCGCUAAUAACAUGCUGCAUUGAUGUUUGAAAACCAGUAGAACAAUUUGACUUAAUAAACUUGGUGGAUUUGA